UUCAUCUCCAUCUUCAAUUCCCCUCUACUACUCUGCUACUCUGUAGAAUCCAGAUCUACUCCACCAAAGCGUCAUCACUCUCUGCCAAUCAAUUCCCUGUUGGUCUCCGGCGAUCCCCGACUUUUCCCACCCGGUGGAUGUGGAUUUGAGAGGCUCCCCUUGUGAGAGCCCCGAGGAAUCGGAACCGUGGCGACCAAACAGGCGACGCAGCGGCUCAGUCUGAUCUCCAGACACCUGGAUCAGCGGCUGCCUUUGCCCGAGUUGAACACUCCAUUCUCGACCGAAAGGAAUUCGCUCCCCUCCGACGACCUGGAAUAUAACCCGCUCAACCGUUCCACCACCAUCACCACUCCUCUUCCUCCUCCCUUCUUCUCCUCCCCGAACACUUCCAUAUCCACCAUCAUGUCUGCUCAAGCACCGCAUUCGACCCUGCUCAUCCCGGGUCCCAUUGAAUUUGAUGAUGCCGUCCUGCAGUCUAUGUCGCACUAUGCUGAGAGCCAUGUCGGCCCCGGCUUCGUCAAGACCUUCGGCGAGACCUUGAGCAUGGUGCGGAAGCUCUUCCAAUCCACCAACCCCGCCGCCCAGCCCAUCGUCGUCUCCGGCAGUGGUACCCUCGGUUGGGACAUCGUCGCCUCCAACUUGGUCGAGAAGGGCGAGAAUGCCCUCGUCCUGCACACCGGCUACUUCGCCGACUCCUUCGCCACGUGCCUCGAGACCUACGGCGCCAACGCCACGCAGAUCAAGGCCCCCAUCGGCGAGCGCCCCUCCUUCGAGCAGCUCGAGCAGGCCCUCAAGGAGAAGCCCUACAAGGUCGUCACCGUCACCCACGUCGACACCUCCACCGGCGUCCUCUCCGACAUCAAGCGCGUCGCCGAGGUCGUCCGCCGCGUCAGCCCCGAGACCCUCGUCGUCGUCGACGGCGUCUGCAGCGUCGGCUGUGAAGAGAUCGCCUUCGACGCCUGGGACAUCGACGUCGUCCUCACCGCCAGCCAAAAGGCUAUCGGCUGCCCCCCGGGUCUCAGCAUCCUCAUGCUCUCCGGCCGCGCCGUCGACGUCUUCCAGAACCGCAAGACGCCCCCCGCCGCCUACUACGCCUCCCUCACCAACUGGCUGCCCAUCAUGAAGAACUACGAGAGCUUCAAGCCCUCCUACUUCGCCACCCCCGCCACCCAGCUCGUCCACGCCCUCCACACCACCCUCAGCCAGAUCACCGCCCGCCCCAUGCCCGAGCGCUUCGCCGUCCAUGCCGAGGCCUCCGCCCGCGUCAAGGCCGCCGUCGCCGACCUCGGCCUCAAGCAGCUCGCCGCUACCCCCGAGAACCAGGCCCACGCCAUGACCGCCAUCUGGCUGCCCGAGGGCAUCGCUGCCCCCGACGUCCUGCCCGGUCUGCUCAAGCGCGGGGUCAUCUUCGCAGCCGGUCUGCACAAGGAGUGCCCCACCAAGUACAUCCGCUUCGGCCACAUGGGCGUCAGCGUCACGGACCCCGCCCGCAAG